AUGAACUCGCUCAAGGUUCCCGAAAGCGGGCUCCAGCUGGAGGGCUCGACUGGCAAGGAUGCCACCCUGCCGUCGCAAGCCUUCGCCCUCACCCUGAGCGACUUCGUCAUUGAGGACAUGAUAAAAUCAUUCCAAAACGGCGAGAGCAUUAACCUUUCCCUCGGGUCCAAGCCGACUCUCAUCUACGGCUCCAACUCGCACGUCAUCGCUCCUCCUCCCGACUCGCACCCAUACGACCUCUACCUCACAAGACCAUUCGAAUCGACACGAACCGCCGAGAAGAUCCCGCACCCCGGUUCCCUUUUCCAGAAGCCCAGGGGCGCCACAUCGUCAAACAAGGCUCAGGUCGAGAAGAACAUCGACGCCAAGCCCAAGACCACCAAACCCAGCAAGAGCACUGCGUCCUCGGGAUUGGACUCUGACAUCGAGGCUCUCCAGAAUGGCCUCGCGGCUCAUGCUGCUUCUCGCGAGAAGGCUCGCAUGGUUGACAGCCUGCCGGCGAAGAAAGGCUCCAUCAAGGUCAAGAGCAAGCUACUUGCCGGAUACAGUUCGACUCCACGGUCUAUCCCUCAAUCCCCUGGCCAAGCUUCGAUAGGCUCUCCUUCGAUGACACCCUCGGCUUCGCAAAAGGAUGACCGAGCCAAGGGAGACCGCGCUAUGUUGGUGCACGAGCUUGCCGUGGCAGAGCGCAGCCUCGAAUACCUAGCCGGAAAAUGGACAGGCAAGCAAGAAGACUGUGAACCAACCCUCCGAAAGGUUGCCGAUUUGCUUAACGAUACCAAGAAGUGGGCGUUGAAGAAGCUAAAAUGGAGGGAACUCGAUGUCUGGAAUUACGAUUAUGAUACCCAAGAGAUACGACAGAAGGCGAUUGACAACGCAGUCCGACAGUACGACAAGCAGAGAGUCACUGUCUCUGAACCAGAGUGGGACAGGCUUCUACCUAAGGAGGAGCGAGGAACGGGCAAAUCUCUGAGCCGAGUGCAGGCUAAUUUGGGCAACACGGCAAACACACCGGCUAUCACCAUCGAAAUGGCGGAUGGUGGCUCUACACCGCGAGGCAGUGCGGAGUCUCUAGAUGGAAGCCGACCCACGGCUAGAGGAGAGGCCAUGUCGAGAUCCACAUCGAAUCCUCUCCCUGCCAAGCCCAAGAAGCCAAGUGCACAGGAGGCUCAAGUCAAGCGCCUUUUGGGCAAGUCCAAGUCCAAGGCCUCAGCCUCGGCUUCAGCUUCAUCCUCCAAGGCCCCGUCUACCAAGGCAUCACCUACCAAGCCCCGAACAGCAGCGAGCAAGCCCAACGGAGGCCGUGUCCUCUCUCAGGCAAUCAUCUCGAACUCGGACAGCUCUGGGGAUGAGGCUGCACCUGUCAUCAAGGCCAAGCCGUUGCCCAAGCCCGUGCCCAAGCCUGCAGCUAAGACAAAGGAUACGGUGGUGGCCAAGCCUCGGCCUUUGGUCAGAGAACCGUUGAAGCAACCGACAGUGACGAAGCGAGCCCGCGAGGACGAUGAUUCGAGCUCGAGCUCGGGGACGCCACUUUCGAAGCGAAUCAAGCCCAAGCAGCCGCUGGCUGGUCCUCGACUCAAGCACCGCCCAUCUGAUGCUAGUCAGAACUCUCGCGGAACGGUCACGUCGACAUCGAUGAAGAGCAAGAACACGUCUCCGACCAAGUCGUCCCCUCUGGCGUCGUCACCGCCCACGAAUGCUUCAGACCUUGAGAACGAGGCACCAUCAGCACCUGUGGUGACGAAGAAGCGCAAGGCAGAGGGCUUGAGCAAGGCACCGGCGGCGAAGCGAUCAGCAUCCUCCCGGUUCUCGGACAAGCUUGUGCAGAAGGCACAGGCAUUCAAGGUGUACUAUGAAAAGUACGAGGCUCUACACCACGAGAUUUCGGCGUUGGACAACCCACCAAGUACGAAGCUGGGCCACCUGAUGGAGAUGAGGGACCGGCUCCAGAUUAUGAAGAAUGAAAUUUACAGCGAAUGCCGGCCGGAACGGAGCUGA